UUUUCCAUGGCUCUUCUCCAUGACGACGUCGAACAAGAAAUAUUCCAGACUCAAGUGCACUCAGUCACUCCAAAGAAACAGAUUGUGCGUCUUGUGCCUCGUCUCGAGAGCUAGCGCAUGAGAUGCAGGGAUUCGUCUGGGGAGACGCUGGAGAAUGCGGAGAAGUAAAGAUACAUAAGACAACGCAUACUCGCAGAUCAGGAUUCGUCGACUCUAAGUCACACGUUUCCAUCUUGAAUUUUUCAAUUCCAGCUUACAUCAAUUGUACCAUAGUCAUGGCUUCAUCAGAAAGCAAAGCGGACGUGAUUCCGGAGAAGAAGGUGCAGUUGGAGGGCAAAGUAAUUGCGAUUACGGGUGCAAACAGAGGUAUAGGUCUCGGAAUCGCAGAUUGCUGUCUCGCCAACGGCGCCGCAAAAAUCUACUCCAUAGACAUCGGCGACCCAGGCGACGAGUUCGAAGCAGUAUCCAAACGGUACCCCGGCCGGAUUUUUGCUCUCCAAGCCGAUGUCACCAAAGAAGAAAGUAUCCAAGCAGCCGUAGAUAAGAUUGUCGGAGAAGCGGGUGCACUUAACGGGAUGGUGUGCAAUGCCGGUAGGACCAAACACAAGCCUGCAUUGGAGUUCACGACAGAGGAGAUUGAUCAGUUAUGGGGUGUCAAUUUGUACGGAUCAUUUUACUCCGCGCGAGUCGCUGCUAGGGCUUUCAUCAAGCUCGGUAUCAAAGGAUCCAUUGUUUUUACGGCGUCAAUGGCUUCGUAUCGACCCAACAAGCGCGUUCCUUCAGCACCUUAUGGCGCCUCUAAAGCCGGCAUCCGUAACAUGGUCCACACCCUUGCCAUGGAAUGGGCUCAAUACAACAUUCGCGUCAACUCCGUCUCUCCUGGUCUAGUCAAGACUGCCAUGACAUACUGGGUUCCGCAGCAGCCCGACUGGGAACAGCAGCUCAAGUAUUACGGCGGAAUGCCUCGACUAGCCGAAGUUGAAGAGCUGGGAGGUGCUUAUGUGUAUCUUCUCAGCGACGCUGCGAGCUACACCACAAGUAUUGAUAUCCCCGUCAACGGAGUCAUAGGCAUCUGUUGA